AUGAGAACAGAUGUGUCAAAUUUAGACUCAUGGGCAAUUUCUCAAGCGUUAACGUCGAACACAUGUGCACCGUAUUUAUUCCUUAACGGCGCUUUAAGAUAUUAUUCGAAUACGGAUAUUAAACAAAUUUUAGAAUCAUUGAUUGAAAACAAAACAGUAACAAAUUUUUGUAUUCAACGUAACCAAAUAUCAAAUGAAAACGCAAAAUUACUUGCACAAAUACUCAAAUCAAAUAAAACUUUAGUUGGACUCAAUUUGAUUAGUAAUGAAUUAACUGCUGAUGGUAUUGACAGUUUUGUUGAUGCUCUGAAUCAAGAUAAAAAUUCGUCGUCCCUAACAGCACUAACGUUAAGUGAUAAUAGUAAUAUUUCCGAUGAAACAAUAGCAAAAUUAAUCAAAACAGGAAAAAAAUUAACGAUUCUUGAUUUAUCAAAUAAUAAUAUUGUGGAUGGAAAUGGUUUAAUUCCAAAAGCAUUAAUCAUAAACCAAAAUUUAUUAUAUUUAAACCUUUUCAACAAUAAAUUAUCUCCAUUAGCAAAAAAUGAAAUAAAACGUUGUAUCGAAUCACGCCCGAAUCUAAUUAUCAAUUUAUGA